UAGUGAAUUUGUGUAGUUUGUACGUCAGAGUUGUGUUAGUAUGCAGAUUUUUUCGUUUUACAUGUUUAUAAGUCUUGAAAGUUAAUUCAGUUUUCUGUAUACACAUUAUUUAGUUAAGUUGUUUGAACGAACAAGAGAACAAACUUUAUCUAUCAACUUAAUUUUAGGAAGAACGAAGACCAUGUCGCUGAAGAAGAUUUUGUUGAAAGGGACAACACGGAUGUCACUUCAUGAACGCUUCACCUGCCUGCGUAACCAAAGUGGAGGCGAGUCAUCUGGGUCACAGGUCACCGUGCAGUCAGUACGCCAGGGAUUAUUCAGUGCCAGCCAAGCAGCAUCAGCGAAGAACCGACGUCUAGCACAGAUGAUGGACCGUCGACCCUCAGUUAUUGCGGCUCUCAAAGUUAGAAAGCGGCUCAUGAAGCAGCGGUUGGGCCAAGGGCAGCAGAGGCUGUCCAUUAAGGAUCGUCUAAGUCUACGAGGACGAGGAGGAUUGCGUGGUCGUGUGGGACAGCGCGGACUGACACUAGGCCGAUCUCCACUCACUAGACUGCGUGGUGGCCGUGGCAACAGGCGGCCUGGCAGAGGGAAUCUUAGUAAGUACUUACAGUACCUAGAUACGUUAGCUUGUAUUGAGUAUUUCAAGUAGAAAUAAUUUAGGAGA